AUGUCUGUCUCCAUCUGUACAGACUGCCUGGCAAGGCUCCGAAUCACCAAAAACCCAUUCACCCUUGCCUCCACCACGAUCCCAUAUAUCUCCUCGUUCCACAGCUCCGCAGUUCAGUACAAGUCGCCCCUGCUAAAGAAAAAGGUAGUCAACGCGAAUACGUCCAAAGGCCCUCGAAGAUCCACCGGAGUUCGAUUGAAGAAGAAAGAACGCCAGAAGAUCAACAUUCCCGCUGUGGGCGAGCGGAGAGCUGCCCGCAAGCGCAUCGUCCUCAGUAACACCAAUGCCCUCGAGGUCCAUGGUCUGGAGACUUUGAGUCUGGAGCAUCUGGCGCAGCCGGAGUUCGAGGGGAAGAUUUUGGCUUUACCUGGUGAUCUGCUCGACCAGUUGAGGGAUAGUCGGGCGUUCAAGACGACGCAGAAUUGGAAUAUGUUUCGACGGCCUGCUACGAUGAUUAGAGCUGAGACGCUGGAGAUCGCCAAGGCUGUUGAGACGGUGAGUGCAAAGAAGGGAGAGAACGUCAAGUAUUUGGUCACGGGUGAAAAGGGGUCUGGGAAGAGUAUACUCAUGCUUCAGGCUAUGUCCGUGGCCUUCAUAAAGGAGUGGGUGGUUAUCAAUGUUCCUGAAGGCUCGGAAUUUGUCAACAAUACCUCGUUCUACGCGCCUGUCCAUAAAAGUGACGAAGCCCCUAUCGAUCAACAGCUCUACAACCAGUCCCAUCUGGCAAAGGCGCUCCUUACCCGCAUGACCAAUUCGAGCGAGGACGUCCUUUCGAAAUUGAAGCUGAACUAUCUCGACGAUUUCCUCAAAGAACACCCCAAGCUCCGUCUCAAGCCAAACGCUACUAUGAAUGACUUGGCUCUCCUCGGUGCAAACGACGCCACCAAUGCAGUCACAGUCUGGCAGGCAAUUUGGAAGGAACUCAACACACCAGGAGAACAUUCCCGACCUCCCGUGCUCCUUGCCGUCGAUGGUGUAGACCACUGGUUCGGCCUGACCAAAUAUCGCAAUGCCGAAUAUGGAUUUAUCCACGCCCAGCAAUUCUCCUUGAUCAAGCAACUCACCGACCUGUUCUUUUCCGCACCCGAAACCCCAUCUCCGCUCCUCAACGGCGGUCUUAUGUUCUUCACAACCUCGGGAUCCAACAGUCCCAAAUUCCCAUCCUUCGAGACCCUGACCAAACAACUCCAUGCAGCCAAACAAGGUGUCGAUCCCAAGUCACCAGACUUCCCAAUGCAGUCCCCGUACACCAAGCCCGACACGCGCAUUACGAGUCUUCUCUCUCGCGCACAAGGUGUGCGGUUGAUGGAAGUCAACGGCACCACCAAGAACGAGAGUCAGGGUAUCUUGGAGUACUUUGCUCGCAGUGGUGUCCUGCAGAAGCAGUUGUCUGAGAAGCUGGUUUCAGACUAUCGACAGCUCAGUGCGGGUGGUAUCAUUGGGGAGUUGGCGAAACUUGGUGUCAGAGUCAGGGCUUAG